CCACAAAUAACUCUCAUGCCGUGGACAAAAGGAUGUUGACAUUGCUUGACAUCACAAUUGUAUUCUUGAAAUUUAUCUUCAUUUUAAGUAUAGCUUCCCCUAUGCAUAUACACGAAAUUAACAACAAAUCAACGUACAAACUUUUUAAACGGCUUCAGUACGAAUUUUCCCAACAGAUAUCUUUACGACUUUUGCUUUCAACGUACGAUUUGAUUCAUUAUCAUCCAAAUCGCCAAGAACCGACUUUUAGUACUGUUGUACGGCAUAAAAAUACGUUUCCAGACAGAAAAGAGGCUUCAGCACUUGUUCAAUCAUCUUAUACUUUGGAGAAAAGACAUCCGAGAUAUUUCCAUAGAAUUUUCAUACAUGGUCGAGACGACCGACAACCGGUUCCUACAACAGACCUGAGAGAAUAUCCUUAUUAUAAUAUUGUUCGUCUUUCAGUUGGAUGUACAGGGACGCUUAUUACCCCUUCUUUCGUGUUAACUGCUGCACACUGUGUACACGAUGGGAAGCAAUUUAAGGAAAACAUAAAUCUUUUAAAAGUUGAAAUCUUACAUCGAAUCAAUUACAAAAUUCAUUAUGUGAAUGAAAUAAUUGUUCCUAAUACUUGGCUUGAUGCCAGAAAUGAUCCACCUACUUUUCAAUCCGCCUAUGAUUAUGCAGUUAUAAAAUUACAAACUCCUGUUACAGGGCGAACCUCUUUCACUCCCCUGUAUGUUCCUGGACCAAUAAUUUCUGAUGAAAUAUAUUUUCUUGGAUAUUCAUGGUACACCUAUCUACAGUUGUGGAAAUCUGAAUGCUCGGGUUGGGGGAGUAGAGUUUGGUACCAUGGUAAUAUCUUAGUAAGCCACUGUGAUACAGUCAUCGGUAAUUCGGGUGCCUCGGUAUAUUUAGAAGACAGGAGAACAAAUCAUAGAAGACUUAUUGGCGUGUUGUCUAGUUCUUCUAAGACUGCAGGCAAUAAUGUUAGUUCACAAGUGACUCUGACUUCUCUCUUGACAGCAAACAAACUCAAUGACAUUUGCUCAAUUAUUUCGCCGGAAGGAGAAAACCAUGGAGUUUGUACCCCACAGACAAAUAAUAUAGAUCCGGUAUACACUAGACUUCCGUUAUAUGGAUGAAAAUAAUAAUUCGGUUUAAUUCAGGGAUUCUCAAUGCAAGUUUUAUAUAGUUUCCUGCUAGUAAUUAACGUGUUGAUCUUCACCGUUCACCGUGUAAGUGUAAUGUUGGGUAAUGAUAGGCAUGAAUAAAUUAUCCAUUGGUCUGUGAUGUGUUUAAAUGUGUUUGUCUAAGUUUGUAUGAUUCUUUCAAUAAAAAACUAUAUAUUUUAAUGCGAGUAAAAGGGAUUGUUUGAUUGAAAUUCUUUAAAAAAAACAAACAAAAUAUUCCUUUGAAGAAAAUUAGUAAGAUAAUUAUAAUUAAGCGGUAAAGGUAUUGCAUAUAAUAAAUUUAUCAGAUAAAACCAAAAAAUAUGUAAUGCGAACAUACGAAAACAACUUCUGAUCCUUUAGUUUUGCUAACCUCUCUUCUAUUAAAUCCAGUUUGCA